AUGGGUAUCUUCAGCAAAUUGAUCAAGACCACCGUCGCGGGCAGUAUUGCCUCGGUCGGCGUCUUUUGGGGCGCCACGCGCAAUGACGUUUUCGAGCCCAUGGACGCCUCCGACCCCAUCUUCCAAUCAGCCCUCUUCAACAAGUUCAACCCCAGUCGCAACCCUACCCUCCACGAUGUCUGCAUUCGUCGCAUUCCCCUAGACAAGAUCAAGCCCUCGCUGGUCGAGGAGAAAGGCACGUUGGUGGAAGCGUUUUGUGCCGGUGUUUGGGGUGGCAUGGGAUACAUCCCCCAGCGUGCCAUUCUUGACCGAAAAUACCGUGGCCCCGAGACUGCCGAUCAGCUCUGGGACCGAAAGGACCUGCUCUCCAACAAGUACGAAGUAGGCACCAUCAUCACCGACCACUUUGAAGUUGUCGAGAAGACUGAAGAUCGCAUCGUUGUCCGCUGCGGUGAUUCCCCGCGUAUCCGUGAAGUCCGUGCCUCCGAUGGCUUGUUCGAGAUCGCUGCUGUGAUUAAGAAGGAGCAAGGUGUGGCCGAAUUCAGUCUGAAGAGCUGUUUCUACCAAGGUCUUGGUAAGGCCGAGGGUGCGCCUAUGGACGAUAAGGUGGCUUGGGCACACCGCCAAUAUACCAAGUUGCUACUCGAGACCGGUCUUCUGAAGACGUGCGUUCGGUAA